AUGAGCUCGGCUGCGAUGCCUUAUACUGGCGGUGACAUCAAGAGGUCGGGAGAGUUAGGGAAAAUGUUUGAUAUACCUAUGGAUGGCUCUAAAUCUAGAAAAUCAGGGAAUCUAUCUGCUGCCAAGAAUGGACAAUUUUUGAAGGUUUCUAGGGUGGUUGAGGAUGGGACUCCAAAGCAACUAAUGCAAAACAUCGUUGUUUUACUCGGGGACUUCGUUCGAUUGAGCAACUAUUGGUGUGGAAGUGCAUCCAUUGGAUUUCUUCACAAACUGUGGAAAUAUCCAUUUCUACUGCAUGGAUACUGCUGGUCAAGAGAAGUUUGGUGGUCUAAGAGAUGGAUACUAGUAGAGUUGCGCGGACGAGGAGCAAGUUGCCAGGUGUCGAGCAAGAGCAAAUCAAGGAUUACGACCGAAACUUUGGUUGAGCGACCUUCAAUCCAGGUAAUCCAGAGUGAAGGCGGUUUACCUUUAAUAGUUCGAGUCAGUGUCAUUGCUCUGAUACGUAACACUCAGGGGAUGAAUGCUUGA